AAUAGACCAAAAAAUAAAAAAACGGAAUAAACGGUCGCUUUCCCCAAAAGAAGGAAGUGAGACACAGCCGGAGAGAGAUGAAUUUUGCCUACAAAUCUAUGAGUCCCUAUCCUUUCUAACGCGUUGCCUGACCAAAGCCAAGAAAGCUUCAACAGCUCCCACAACAAACCAACAAACAACAGUUUUGAGUUGAGAACUACUGCUUGAAUUUUGAAUUUGGUGCUUCAUUUUUGUGAGCAUAAGGCUUAAACUAAAUGAUUUGGGGGAUUUGGAGUGAUUCAUUGCAAAGAGGCAUGGGUUGCAACUGUUUUGGUGCUUCAACUAUUGGCCGGAAGAAACGGAGCACUCUGCAGCAUCAAAAUGGAAUUGAUGAGGAAAUACUUGGGAGCAUCAACGUUUUCUCCUACAAAGAAUUGAGCUCUGCUACAGAUGAUUUUCACUUAAGCAAAAAGAUAGGGCGAGGAGGUUUUGGAAUUGUUUACAAGGGAAUUCUGGAAAACGGAACUAAAGUUGCUGUGAAGAAACUUUCUACUGAGUCAAAGCAGGGACUUCGUGAAUUUUUGACAGAGAUCAAAACUAUAUCAAAUGUAAAGCAUCCGAAUCUGGUUGAAUUGAUUGGCUGCUGUGUAGAGGGGGCUCACCGGAUAUUGGUAUAUGAAUAUGUAGAAAAUAAAAGUCUUGAUCAAGCAUUGUUAGUUAAGAGGAGUGCAGAUAUCAACCUGGACUGGGGCAAAAGAUCAGCAAUUUGCAGGGGUGUUGCUAGUGGUCUUGCAUUCCUUCAUGAAGAAGUUGUGCCACAUAUUGUACAUAGAGACAUCAAAGCCGGUAACAUACUUCUUGAUAAAGAGUUUAACCCAAAAAUUGGAGAUUUUGGGUUGGCUAAACUCUUCCCUGAUAACAUCACCCAUAUUAGCACCAGAAUAGCAGGAACAACUGGUUAUUUGGCUCCAGAAUAUGCAUUUGGUGGUCAGUUAACCAUGAAAGCUGAUGUGUACAGUUUCGGUGUCCUUAUACUUGAAAUAAUUAGUGGCAGUAGUAGUUCAAAGGCAAACUGGGGAGGCAAGGAGAAGUCCCUUUUGGAAUGGGCAUGGGAGCUCCAUGAAAAGGGGAAACUUAUGGAGUUAGUGGAUCCAGAUCUUGGAGAAUUUCCAGAGCAAGAAGUUACUAGGUAUAUGAAAGUAGCCUUUUUUUGCACCCAAGCAGUGGCAAGUCGAAGGCCUUUAAUGAGCCAGGUUGUUGGUAUGCUUUCAAAAAAUACUCGGCUGAAUGAAAAGUUACUUUCAGCUCCUGGUUUCUUUCAAAAUGGAGGGUCAUCUUCGAAGAAGUCAUCUACUGAAUCAACUAGCUAUCAGAUGAGUUCCGUUCCUCUCACAAUCACUCGGGUAACCCCUAGAUGAAGGCCAGAGUCUGUUUUUGCUAUUGAGCCUCAACAAUGGUGGAAGGUAUUUUGUUUCAUUCAAUUUAACAAAAAUGAGGAAGUUAACCAAGUUAAAGCUAAAUGUUCUUUUAACUUUUAUUUUUGGCUAAAUGUAUAAAUAGAUUAUACAUUUUUUUUUUGUGUAUACCAGCAAUUAUUUACAGUUAUAUUUUAAUUUCAGUGAUGAAUUUUAAAUUAAGAAAUCUGGUCAGGCUUA